UCACUCUCUUUCUUUCUAUAAAUACAAGCAAACUCAUCGUCGCUCUCAUCAACAAUCUCACCCUUCCAUCAUUAUCCAUCAACAACAGCAAACACCUUCGCAUGGCCUCCUCACUAUUGUUCCUCAUCACCCUCACCCUCACCUCCCUCUCCUUCCUCGCCGCCGGCUAUGUUGGCCCCCGAGUCGGGGGCAGGACCUCCGUCCCCGACGUGAGGUCGAACGAGGAGGUGCAGAAACUGGGGCGGUACUCGGUGGAGGAGUACAACCGCAUGCAGCGACGGGGAGGCGGCGGCGGCGGGAACGGGGAGAUCGCGUUCGGGGAGGUGGUGGGGGCGGAGAGGCAGGUGGUGGCGGGGAUCAAGUACUACCUAAAGAUCGAGGGGGUGCAGCGCGGGGCGAGGAAGGUGUUCGAGUCGGUGGUGGUGGUGAAGCCGUGGGUGCGAUCCAAGGAGCUCGUCACCUUCGGGCCAUCCAGAGGCGGGGACGGUGGCCGCGGCAAGUCCGGGUUUUGAGAUCAGUCAGUAACCAAUCCGGCUUCUUAUUGAGUUAAAUAACGAGUUUAUCUUCUUUGCUUUCUUCUUUUUUUCUCUUGGUGGGUGUUUUUGGUGUGUUUGUCUUGAGUUUUGUUAGAUCUUCGUAGGUUUUUUUCUCUGCAUGCACAGGUUAAGUUCGAGCUGUGUAACUGUCUGAAUAAAAGGCAAUAAUGAGUGAUGAAGAAGAAAUUUUAUGUUCGGA